AUGGCGGCGGAUUACCUGUCGAUCGCCGAGGUGUCGCUCCUCUCGUGCGGCUUCGUUCACGCCCGCGCCCUCGCCGCCCGCAUCGUGGGCGUCAUGGCGCACUGUCAGGACAUGCUGCAUCCUCACCAUCACUACGACUUUGGCAUGCGAGCCGUGAAGACGGUGCUGGCGGCGACCUCCCGCCUGAGGACCUCCCUGCCGGAGUGGUCCGAGACCGAGGUCGUCCUCCGGGCCCUGAGGGAGGUCAACCAGCCCAAGUUGGUCGCCGACGAUUACGAGAGGUUCGAGUCCAUCCUUUCCGACUUCUUCCUCGAGCUCCCGCCGACGCCACGCCCACCGGCAGAUAACCUGGUCAGCUGUUUGGAGAAGGUGUGCGAGGAGCGAGGUCUUCUCGCGACGAACGAAUUCCUGCUGAAGACGCUGCAGCUGUACGAGACCCUGAGGGAACGCCACGGGGUCAUGGUGGUGGGGCCGCCCUGUGGGUCCAAGACAACGAUCAUUCAGACUUACCUUGCCUUUUUAGAUGAUAAAAUUAAAAGCAUGUUUAGAUUUCUAAUAGAAUAUUUUUCUGUGCAAAAGAUACCCAUGAAAACCGUAGCUACUCUCUCGGCAGCCCUGGGCAUGAUGGAGGGGGACCAGCCCAUCCGAGUGGAGGUCCUCAACCCCAAGACUCUGACGCAGGCGCAGCUGAUCGGGUCCCUCGACCCCGUUAAUAGAGAGUGGUCGGAUGGACUCGUCGCGCAGGUCAUCAGAAACGCCCACGCCCAACGCACGUGGCUCCUGUUCGACGGCCCGACGGACGCCUCGUGGGUGGAGAACCUCAACACCGCCCUCGACGACUCGCAGAAGCUGUGCCUGCCCUCGGGGGAGACCGUGCCCGUGCCUGGGGACAUGGCCACCAUCUUCGAGGUCCUGGAUCUGCAUCCCCCGCCACAGUCUCGAGAUGCGGCAUGGUGUACGUGGGCGGCCAGACGAUCGGGUGGGCGGCGCUCCUGCACUCGUGGCUACACCACCACGCCCACGGCCCUUUGGUGGGGGGAGUACGGCCUCCUGCGCGAGUUGGCCAACUGGCUCAUCCCGCCCGCCCUCGAGUUCGUGAAGGCGCACUGCCGCUACCUGCUGCCCGUCGUCGAGGUAUCGCUCGUCAGAUUGUGGGAACGGGAUAAAUCUGGUCUUGAAUUUUUCGGUUAA